AUGAGUACCGACGCAGAAAUGGAGUGUUAUGGCCCGGCGGCCCUGUACCUCCGGAAAUCAGAGAGAGAGAGAAUUGAAGCUCAAAACAGUCCGUUUGAUGCUAAAACAGCAUUCUUUGUGACUGAACCCAAAGAGAUGUACCUCAAGGGGAAACUUAUUAAGAAAGAGGGUGGCAAAGCCACCGUGGAGACUCUCUGUGGAAAGACCCUCACUGUAAAAGAAGACGACAUCUUCCCCAUGAACCCUCCAAAGUAUGAUAAGAUUGAGGACAUGGCCAUGAUGACCCACCUCAGCGAGCCUUCUGUGCUGUAUAACCUCAAAGAGCGCUAUGCAGCAUGGAUGAUCUACACCUACUCAGGGCUGUUCUGUGUCACUGUGAACCCCUACAAGUGGCUCCCAGUGUAUGACUCCAUUGUUGUCGCAGGAUACAGAGGCAAAAAGAGGAUUGAGGCUCCACCCCACAUCUUCUCUAUCUCAGACAACGCCUAUCAGUUCAUGCUCCAAGAUAGAGAAAACCAGUCAAUCUUGAUUACUGGAGAAUCUGGUGCAGGAAAGACUGUCAACACCAAACGUGUCAUCCAGUACUUUGCGACAAUCGCAGUGGCUGGAGGAAAGAAAUCAGAACAGGUUGCUGGAAAGAUGAAAGGGUCACUGGAAGAUCAAAUCAUUGCAGCAAACCCUCUGUUGGAAGCUUAUGGUAAUGCCAAGACUGUAAGGAAUGACAAUUCUUCACGUUUUGGAAAAUUUAUCAGAAUCCACUUUGGGUCAACUGGAAAGCUGGCUUCAGCUGAUAUUGAAACAUAUCUGCUGGAGAAGUCUCGAGUGACGUUUCAGCUGUCUGCAGAGAGGAGCUACCACAUCUUCUAUCAGCUCAUGACAGGCCACAAACCGGAGCUGAUAGAGGCUCUGCUUAUCACCACCAACCCAUACGACUAUCCAAUGAUCAGUCAGGGUGAAAUCACUGUCAAGAGUAUCGAUGACGUUGAAGAAUUCAUUGCUACUGAUACUGCCAUUGACAUCCUGGGCUUCACUGCAGAAGAGAAGGCAUGCAUUUACAAGCUGACUGGAGCUGUGAUGCAUCAUGGAGCCCUGAAGUUUAAGCAGAAGCAGCGUGAAGAGCAGGCUGAGCCUGAUGGCACUGAGGUUGCAGAUAAAAUUGCCUACCUCAUGGGUCUGAACUCUGCUGAUUUGCUAAAAGCACUGUGCUACCCCAGAGUGAAGGUUGGGAAUGAGUUUGUGACCAAAGGUCAAACUGUCCCUCAGGUCAACAAUUCUGUCAUGGCUCUCUGCAAGUCUGUCUAUGAGAAAAUGUUCUUGUGGAUGGUCGUCAGAAUCAAUGAGAUGCUGGACACAAAGCAGCCCAGAAGCUCUUUUAUUGGCGUCCUGGAUAUUGCCGGGUUUGAAAUUUUUGAUUACAACAGCUUGGAGCAGCUGUGCAUCAACUUCACCAAUGAAAAACUGCAACAGUUUUUCAACCACCACAUGUUCGUCCUGGAGCAAGAAGAGUACAAGAAAGAGGGAAUUCAGUGGGAGUUCAUUGACUUUGGCAUGGACUUGGCUGCCUGCAUUGAGCUGAUUGAGAAGCCAAUGGGCAUUUUCUCCAUCCUUGAAGAGGAGUGCAUGUUCCCC